GCAUCCAAUCCCUUCUCUAAUCGAAGCGUAGAUUCCCAUUCCUUUUCAGUCUUCAAAUACCCCUUCUUCCUCUUCGCGGCACUACGCCCAGCAACUCCUCUGUUCCUCUCUCUGCAGUUACUCUCUCUAUCGAUAACAACAAGCAAGAUGCAGAUCUUCGUCAAAACUUUGACCGGAAAGACAAUCACUCUCGAGGUCGAGAGUAGUGACACAAUCGACAAUGUUAAGGCCAAGAUUCAGGACAAGGAAGGUAUCCCCCCUGAUCAGCAGAGGUUGAUUUUCGCUGGCAAGCAGCUUGAAGAUGGUCGUACUCUUGCUGAUUAUAACAUUCAAAAGGAAUCAACACUUCAUUUGGUCUUGAGGCUUAGAGGAGGAACCAUGAUUAAAGUAAAGACUCUUACUGGAAAAGAAAUUGAAAUUGACAUUGAGCCAACUGAUACUAUUGACCGGAUCAAGGAACGUGUUGAAGAGAAAGAGGGGAUUCCGCCUGUGCAGCAGAGGCUCAUAUAUGCUGGGAAGCAGCUCGCAGAUGACAAAACAGCUAAAGAGUACAACAUUGAAGGUGGCUCUGUGCUUCACCUUGUGCUUGCCCUUAGGGGUGGUAGUCUUUAGGCAGAAUAAUAAGCAUCCCAUUACAGGGAACUCUGCUUUUACAGGCUUGGUUACUUCUUGGUCAAAUUUGUUAGUCAAAACUAAAGCCUGAAACCGUGAAUGGAAACGAUGUCACUAUCUUGCUCUAAACAUGGCGUUGUUAUAUCAUUAAUUUGCUUUCUGCAAUUUUUCUAAAAUUGUUAUAGUAAGUUUGACUCAAGUUAUAUGCUUUCAAAAUCGAUAGUCGUCUGAAUGAUGGAUAAUUGAACUAUUAAUUCAUGAUCAAUAUUUUAGGGACC